AUGCAAAUAUAUUUUGGAAUUGUGAUCUUCUUGCUGAGUUGCCUUUGGUGUGCAAUAUUUGUACUAGAAUUGGGUGUUGUGGUCGCCCAGCAAGUUGUUGGUCCCAAUCGAGAUGCCUGUGCAUCGAAUCAGCCAUGUAAUCGGACAAGUAUCGAUGUAUGUGCAACAAAUGGCCCAAGCUGUAAACGUUUUUCAUCGAAUUGUGAACUACAGGCCGAAAAUUGCAAUUUAACAUCAGCAACAGCUUGGAACCUUACUCACGGUGUACAAUGCUCCCAAAUACGUAUUAAUGAGACGGGUACAUGUGCCUGUUCGGCAGAUGGUCUCAGUCGAUGCUCCAAUGAAGCUGUGACACCGGGUAUUUGUACGCAUAGAGGUGUGGACUUGCGCCAACAAGAAUGCCGUUUAUUUAGGACAGAUUGUGAUUUGAGACGAGCCAGCUGUAACAACCAAGAGUGGUGGCUCAGUGUCGACACCAGACAAUGCCGAGGAUUCGCUCUAAAUCAAACUAAUCCCUGCCAUUGCCCUAAUUUGCUACAGUGCUCUGCGGAAAAUCGCACUCAGCGAUGCGUACAAGUGGACCGCAGCGUGUGUCGCCUCUAUGCCAAUGAAUGCGAACUGGAGAGCAGCAGAUGUGACGAUGAACGUCUGAAGGAUGUGAAUAUUUUGCAUUGUCUCAAUUUCACUGUAAAUCGCAACGCAGAUUGUCACUGUAGUGGACUAUUGAACUGUCAACGAAAUAACACCAAUGUCUGUGUACGAAAUUCACAAAGCUCAUGUCUGUUGAUGAGCAAUGAAUGUGAUGUGGAGCAGAGAAAGUGCGAAGGAUAUGAUCUCACGGUAGUCUCCCCAGUUCAGUGCCAGAAUUUCACUACUGGAGACUCCAGAAAUUGUUCUUGUCCAAAUCUUUUCAAUUGUUCCCACAACACUACCGCUCCCAGCAUAUGUGCAAAAAUGUCAAAUGGAUGUAAGCUACUAAGGAAUCAAUGUGAGCUGGAACAGGAAAGAUGUCAGCAAGCGGCCGUAGAAGUUGUCUCUCCAUUAAUGUGUAGAGGUUUUGAAUAUGACCAAAUAAGAAAUUGUUCCUGUCCAGCACUGCAGACUUGUGAGCGAAGCAAUAGUUCUAGCUCGAACAUAUGCAUCCGUACCAGUGAUGGAUGUAAGAUUUUGCGAAAUGACUGCGAGUUGGAGGAACUAAGAUGUCAGGGUGAAAUUGUGACCCUUUUGCCUCAAGCCCAAUGUCGUUUGCUGCGAGCAGGUGAAAGCGGAGAUUGCGCUUGCCCCAAUUGGCUCAGCUGUUCGACUAGAACCUCGCAAGUGUGUACGGCCAAUGGUGAGGUGUGUCGUUUGCUUAGAAAUCAAUGUGAAAUGGAGCAAAUGAAGUGCCAAGGAGAAGCUUUUGACAUGGCUGAUAUAUUGCAUUGUCCCAACUUUAGUGUGGGUCAAAGCCGUCCCUGUUUUUGCCCAGCCUUUAGAACCUGCAAUCGCAACAGUAGCCUAAGUGCAUGUGUAAGAGGUCCCAGUGGCUCUUGUAGGUUGCUGGCUAAUGCCUGCGAUUUGGAAUUGGCCAAAUGCAAUGGUGAAGAUUUGACAUCCGUGCCUGAAUUUCAAUGUAGAAAUUUCACCAUUGGCACUACGCAACCUUGUAAUUGUCCCACAUUGUUUAAUUGCUCGCUGACCGCUGGGGCACCCAGAAUAUGUGCCAGAAUGAGUAAUGGCUGCAAACUGUUAAGGAAUCAAUGUGAAAUGGAUCAGGAGACAUGUCAGGGAAAUGUCAGGGAAAAUGUUACCCUACUCCAAUGCCGUGGCUUUGAAUUUGGCCAAUUGAGAAAUUGCUCUUGCCCAAAUUUAUUGAGCUGUUCCCGCACCCAAAGAAGUAUUUGUGUAAGAUCUGGUGAUGGUUGUGCUAUCUUGAGAAAUGAAUGCGAAUUGGAGGAAAUGAAGUGCAGUGGAGAAGUUGUUACUUUAUUACCUGAGAUACAGUGUAAAUCUUUGACCUUGGGACAAACAGGUUCCUGUGCUUGUCCUUCUUGGUUAUCAUGCUCUUCAUCGGCUUCACUAGCGUGUAUAGAAACGCAAGGAGGCUGUAGACUGUUGCGAAAUCAAUGUGAAUUGGAACGAAUGAAAUGCCAUGGUGAAGCUUUCAAUGCAACCGAGAUUCUGCGUUGCCGAGGCUUAGAAGUGGGACAAGAGACAAAACCUUGCUAUUGCAUGGGUCUGCAGACUUGUGGUAAUUCUACGGCAAAUAUUUGCGCCAGUGGCCCCCGAGGAUGUACUUUAUUCGGAAAUCGUUGCGAUCUGGAAGUGGCAAAAUGUGGAGGAACCGAUCUCAAAGAAGUCUCACUUCUGCAGUGUAAAAAUUUUGCUGUUAAUGAUACCAGACCUUGCUCGUGUCCCAAUUAUUUAAACUGUAAUGCAACAACUACCAGUGUUUGUGUGAAAAUUGCUAAUAGCUGUAAAUUGCUAAGAAAUCAAUGUGAGGUGGAGGAGGAGAAAUGCAGGGGCACAACUCUUGAAACCAUUUCACAUUUACACUGCCGAGAUCUAGAAUAUGGCCAGCUUAAAAAUUGUUCUUGCCCUAGUCUAGAGACUUGUUCCACCAGCCGUAAAAAUAUUUGUGUUCGAAAUUUCGAUGGUUGUAAGCUUCUUAAGAAUGAAUGUGAAUUGGAGAAGUUGAGAUGCAUAUGGAAAGAUGUUACAAUACUACCCGAUAUACAGUGCCGGUCAUUGUCUUCUGGAGAAACUGGGGCCUGCGCCUGCCCAUCAUGGUUAAGCUGUGCCCGUAAUCAAUCACAAGUUUGUAUAGAAACUGAAAGAGGUUGUCAACUUUUGGGGAACCAUUGCGAGCUGGAGGCAAUGAAAUGUCGAGGAACGGCUUUAAAUGUUACCCAUGCUACGCAAUGCCGAGAUUUUGAAGUUGGUCAAGUCAAGCCAUGUUCAUGUCCCGAAUUGCCUACAUGCGGCCUUAAUAAUAUUACCAAUGUAUGCGCCAAAGGACCUAAUGGUUGCAAGCUAAUGGCCACCAAUUGUGAUUUGGUAAUGGCCAAGUGUAGGGGAGAAUCUUGGCAGACCCAAAAUUCCAUACAGUGCACAGAUAUUCCGGUUAAUCAUACAGGAUCCUGUUUUUGUCCUGCAUUGGAAACUUGUGACCUUAUGGGAAGUUCGAGUAUUUGUGUCACUCAUCGUGGUAAAUGUACUCGACUGCAUAAUAGAUGUGAUUUGGAAAUGUCAUGGUGCAAGGGGAAAGUUUUUGGCAUAACUGCUUCCCAGAAAUGUCUGGGUAUACCAGCUGGGGUCACCGCCACCUGCUCGUGUCCCGAACUAGAUCAGUGUGAUCGCAAACAUAGGGUGUGUGGUCAAAAUGGUGACACUUGCAGACUAUUUGCAAAUGAUUGUCAGCGCAAAGCAUUCCGUUGUCAGGAUGAAAAGUGGGAAGAGACCUCAUUGCAAAACUGUUGCCAGUUUCGCUUAAACGAACAGGGCAAAUGUUCUUUGUUAUCCGAGAACAAAAUAUGCGGCCGAGCCACAGAUAACACUUGCCGCAUAUUCGAUAACCGUUGCCAACUAAACUCAGUGAACAAUAAUUUGCAAUCAAGAUAUUCCAUGGUAGAUCUUAGCCAAUGCAAAUGUCUGACUACUGGUCGACCUAAUAAAUGUGUGCAGAGACCUGUGUGUUCACAAGAGCAAAUUGAUGAUAGUCGAAAUAUUUGCGCUCUGCAUGAAGACGAGUACAGAUGGUUCACUUCUGGAUGCCACAUGGAGCACUUCAAUUUUUGGACUUGUAAAAAUUUCUGGCCAGUACGUGAGGAGUUCUGUGCGAAUAUUCGUAAUAAUGGCGUUAAAUAUUUCUAA